UUGCCAUUUCUUAUUUUAUUUUAUUUUUCUCUUUCUCUCUCUAAAAAAAGGAAAAGAAAAUAAAGCUCUAUUCUUUCUUCCCUCCCUGUGAGUCUGCGAGAGAGAAAGAGGAACAAGAGUGGCCCAGCAGAUCGAAAUCGAUGAUCUAAGCUUCUUCAAUGUUGUUGCAGCAACACCCACUUCGCUCUUUCUCCUACAAUUGUUGGUUUUCCCUACCCUUUUUCUUUUGCUUUCUAUUUUAGUUCCGAGUCAAACACUUCAUUUUUGUAGCGGAUUCUUCAGAGCAGAUGAUAAGAGGAUGUGGGUCUAAGGUUUAAUUGGAAGCUAUGUAUUUGUUAAUUUGUUAUAGGACACUCAUUUACAUAUAACUGUGUUCAAUUAUCAGGGAUGGGAACCAAAGUUCAAAAUCUGCCAGGAUAUUACUCAAUGAGAGAUCUUAAUGAGGAAUCCAGCAGUUGUGGCUGGCCCCUAUUUUAUGGAGACAAAACACUGGCAAAUGGGCAAUAUUAUCAUAAUUAUCUGUCCAGUGCUGCUGCAGAUGUGUGGUCAGCAUAUGAUAAGGAUGUUGUAAAGCAGAUGAUGCUUGAGCAUGAGGCCAUAUUUAAGAAUCAGGUCUUUGAACUUCACCGCUUAUACAAAAAACAAAGGGAUUUGAUGGAUGAAGUUAAAAUGAAAGAUUUAUGCAGAAAUCAGAUAUCUGUUGAGACAACAUUUUCCACAGGUCCCUUGGCAUCUCAGAUAACAUCUGAAGAUGGUAAAAAAUGGCACAUUCCUGGCUUUCCACUAGUAGGAAGUUCUACCUGUGUUAGACCAUCUAUUUCAGGUGUUGAGGGCAUUCAUUCACCUUUGGGUUCUAAUAAAGGAAUCAGUAAGUAUGCUGGUCUCUUCCGUUCCCCAAAUGGGAGUUGCUCAAAAGAUGUUGAGAUACUGGAGUCCAGACCCUCAAAGGUGAGGAGAAAAAUGUUUGACCUUCACCUUCCUGCUGAUGAAUACAUGGAUACUGAGGAAAAUGAAAAACUUAGUGAUGAAAAGAUUAGUGGCACAACAACAUUUCUUCCUGAUAGAAAUUGUAAAGAUGAAAAGGGAGGUGAUGGGAAUCUUUUUUGUGGCAAUGGUGGGAUGACUGUCAACCAGGAAGACACUGCACGACCUGAGCAGUCUUUAAAGAGCAGAAAUGGGUUGGCUGACUUAAAUGAACCUGUUCACGUGGAUGAUACAAAUGAUGUUGGAUACGUUCCUCCUCUGAACCAUAAUCCUAAUCAAGGAGAAACUGAAUGCUCUGAUCAAUCUUCCAAACAGAAGUCAAAGUUCUUUGAUUUGUACAAGGAAGAUUUACAAAACUCGCAUCAUGGCACUGGCAGUUGGGCUCAAAAUAAUGGAUAUUUAGACAAUGAUAGGAGUGGGCAAGAGUGGAUUUCAUCAAUAGAGUCAGGGCAAACUAAAAGCAAUCUGAAACCCAUGCCUCAAGUUCUCAAACAAGAGACAUCGCUUCUAUCAUCCCACACAAUGCAAGAUGCACUUGGUAAAGCUCAUGAACCUACACCUGAUUAUCUAACUAAUCAAAGCAAGGCUGAGUUAUGGAGGGAAAAGACAGCUAGUGGAUUAGAUAUUAGUGAAAGGAAUCAUGAACACUCUGAUAAUAAGCCUCUAGAGUGUGUUGUAUCAUCACAUAGGCCUCCCUUUGCAAUUGCUCCUUCCUCGGAUUUAGGUAAGCCUUGGUCUCACUCACCUUGGGAAAUGGCAAGUAGCACCUUAAACCAGAAGUUGAUAUCUGUACAGACAGCUCCAUCUCCAUGUCUAAAUGCAUCUGGUGCCUUGAGUAGGAGUUCCCAGUCGCAUCAAAGCAAUGAUAUUUUGGGAGAUGGUUGGCCUCUAAAUGUCAAUUCAAAGCUUAAUCAAGGUUUUCAAAGUGAGGCAUCUGGGCAGAAUGAAUUUUACCUCAGGACUACAUCCGGGUCCAAGGAACUGCCAGUGAACAUCUCUUCUAUUAGCUAUCCCAACCAUAAUGAUUGUAGGAAAUUUCCUGAACACUUCAAUGGUUUAGCAAACUACAAGAGUUCAAAUUUCAAUUCAAAUUGCAAAGAUAUGAAGUCUGAAAAAGAUAUUGACUUGAAUGUGCUACUUUCAAAUGGUUCAUCUGACAACAUAGUUUCCCAGUCUGGUCUUGGAAUCAUGGAUGGAGAAAAGAAGCAUGAGGAGCAGCUUGCAGUGUUGCCUUGGCUAAAAGCCAAGACAACAUGUAAGAAUGAGGCACAAAAUGCUGGUGGAAGGUUAAGCACCACAGAUUUAAAUGUUUUCCAAAGUGCUUCGUUGUAUAACAAAGAUGACCCUGGAAAGGUGUCUAAUGGAAAAUUUAUGCACAAUGUAACUUCAGGUUUGUUUUCUAAUAAUAUUGAGCCAAGGAGGACAGAAGUAAGUGAGAGCUCUAGUAAAAGGAAAAUUCUUGGUGUUCCCAUAUUUGAUAUGCCUCAUAUUUCUGCCGCAGAAUCAUCUUUACUCACAUCUCCCUCUGUGUCAGUUCCUAUUCCAUCUGAUGUAGAAUUAGUGGAAAAUAAUCGCAAAAACCCAAUACUUGAUAUUAACUUGCCUUGUGAUGCUUCUGUUCCUGAGUUGGACAGAGGAGCUGAGACAGAAAUUAUUGUUUGUAAGAAAGGAUUAUCGACAACAGAAGCAAACCCCAUGAAUUAUAUUGAUCUGAACUUGAGUAUGAGUGAGGAUGAAGUAUUUCUGACAACUAUUCCAGCUACCAACUUUAAAAGGAAGGCAGAAAUAGAUCUUGAAGCCCCUGCUGUUCCUGAGACAGAGGAGGAUGCCGUUGUCAAAGAAAAUCAGCUUGAAACUCCUUUAGCAUCACCAUUAAGCCCACAAGACACUGUUGAAACACAGCAGGAUGAACUUAUGAGGUAUGCAGCAGAAGCGAUUGUUGUCUUGUCAUCUUGCUGCGAUCAAGGGGAUGAUGCGAUCAGCAGUCCAUCAGAAAGCCCGGCAGUGGACCCACUAAGUUGGUUUGUCGAUAUUGUUUCCUCGUGUUUGGAUAAUCUGCAGAGAAAGGCUGAUAAUUCAAGGGAAAAAGAUGGUGAGGAUAAUGAGGAAACUACCCCAGAAGGAAUGGACUACUUUGAGUCCAUGACAUUGAAGCUGACAGAGACCACAGAAGAAGACUACAUGCCCAAGCCGCUUGUUCCAGAAAACUUCAAAGUGGGAGAAACUGGAACAACCUCUUUACCUACUCGGACACGAAGGGGACCAGCUAGGAGAGGGAGGCAAAGGAGGGACUUCCAAAGGGACAUCCUUCCUGGUCUUACAUCUUUAUCAAGGCACGAAGUAACAGAAGAUCUUCAGACGUUUGGAGGGCUCAUGAGAGCAACAGGUCAUGCAUGGCAUACAGGAUUAAACAGGAGAAACUCUUCUAGGAAUGGGCGUGGCAGGGGUAGGCGGCGAUCACAGCCACAAGUUAUCCCUUCUCCACUUCCACCUCCUCCCCCUCAUCUGUUGGCAACCAUUGAAACAUGUACCCCACUCAUUCAGCAGCUUAAUAACAUUGAAGUGGGAUUGGAAGAUAGAAGCCUAACGGGAUGGGGCAAGACAACCAGAAGGCCCCGUGGACAGAGGUGCCCGGCAGGUAGUCCUCCAUCAAUCCGGUUAAUCUGAUCACUGUAAGAGGCUAAAAUUUAUAGGUGAGAAUUUAUAGAGGGUAAACUAUGCAGGUUCAUUUCCUUAUUGAUGGAACACAUGAUGUUCUAUCUCAAGCACAGGAAUUUCUCUUGUACAUUUCUUCAAACCCGUAUUUGGGUAUAUACUUGAUUUUCAGUCAGUCUUGUGAUACCAUCUUGUAUUAUUCUUAAAUAAUGUGGCAUGAUUUCUUCUUGGUUAUCUCUUUAAGAACUGUUGAGGGGAGAUGUAUACCAGCGUGUGCUCAGUCCUGCAUUUACUAGUGAUUUUUUCGUUACACUACAUAUUAGGCUGCAUGCUUGAAACACUACAUUUUAGGCUGCAUGCUUGAAUGAAUUGGACCUACAUCAAAUAGGAAUUUUAGCUUAUGACAUUGUAGAGAUGUUUUUUUUAUAUGGAUAUGUAUCGUGAGAUUGUUCUCCUUAAUCAAAGUUCUUCAGUAGUGAAUUCAGAGACUUUUAUGUAACUAGUAAGGAAGCAUAGAUGUUGAGUAUAAAUAAAUUUUCUAU